AUUGCUGAUGUACACCUCCUCUUCACAAACAAAUCUGAUUCUCCCUCCUUGAAAAUAGGAGGAGGAGUGCUGCCAGGAUAUAAAGCUGAAUAUAACACAGACUCCAAUUUUCACACACUUACACUGAGACUCAAAAGGCAGAAACAGACACAGCCGUGAAACAUGAAAGGAAAAGGUGUUGUGCUGUUCUGUGUGUUGCCGCUGGUGCUGGGCCAGGAAAGGACCUUCAGCUGGGACGGACCAGGACAAACCCUUGCUCCAGAUCCCAUCAACCCAUGUCUGACUGACCAGAACUCAUGUGGUUGUUGUGUGAUGCAGAAGAAAAAAUGGGAGUUAGAGCAAUAUUUAAACUCUAGUAUGAAUUCACUGGAGGAUUUGCUGGCCAGAGCACAAAACACACUGAGAAACAUCAGAGACAGUCGAGUGGCAUUUUCUGUGGGUCUAACCGACAAGAGACGUUGCAUUGGUCCAUUGAGGGCAGCGACAAAUGUGGUCUAUCAGAGCAUCUUCAUCAACAUUGGAGAGGCCUAUAACUCAUCCACUGGUGUGUUCACGGUUCCACGGUCAGGCGUGUAUAACCUGGCAUUUACUGUGUUCAGCGAUGCAGGCUCACCAGGCGCAUCGCUGUCUGUCUGUGCCAGCAUCAGGAGGAAUGGUGUGGCUCUAGCUGCACUUAGGGAGAUUUAUGAACAAGACCAGGAGGAUCAGGCCACUGCCGUCCUGCUUGUGCAGCUCAGCACAGGGGACCGCAUUACCAUCAGUCUCCAGGCUGGCUGCUGGAUCUGUGAUGAUCAGAAUCACUAUAACACAUUUAGUGGUUUUCUGCUGUAUGCUACAGAGUGAAGCACACACACACACACACACACACACACACACACACAUGCUUUAAAAGCUAUAUUAGUGAGGAGCUCUUAUAGAUGCAGUGGUUUUCAUACAAAGAUUAUGAAUUCUAAACCUAAAUAUCACACAAACCUGUCGACUUUCCUAGAUCAGAAGCAAAACUUGAUUUGGUAAAUGUAUAUGAAUUUUAAUUAGUGAAGACCUAUUUAAAUGAAGUUGGUUUUUAACAGGUUUUACUAUACUUUGUUUUUAAAUAUUUGACACUGUCUGAACCAUAUAAACAAACCUAGACACACACACAUACGGAUUGUAAGAUAAUAGAAUGUUGUAAAAGGCACAGAUGUUGAUCUAACUUUAAUAAAAUGUUGACAUGAAAA